AUGUCGGUUAAGAAACGGAAGGUUAAUGUUGGUGUCAAUAAGCAUAAGAAUUCGAAUGGCUCAGAAGAGAGUAAAUCCGCUGGUGUGGAAGAGAUAGAGGUACCAAUACCACAAGAGUUUAUACAGAAUAGAGCUCAAAGACGUGAGCAAGUGAUACAAAAUGUGAAGAAUUGGAAGACUUCUAGAAGACUGGUGUUUACGUUGGGGACCAUUGUUGGUGUACUAAUCGCAUGUUAUAUGGGGGCAGAUCACGUCCGUAAUAACAAUAGCGAUCUAUUCGAUAGUCUGAGUGUGUUAAACAUGAAUUCAGUUAGAGAUCUGAUCGACGAUUGGAAAGAAAUACUGCCUCAAAGUGUGGCCUCAUUUUUAGGUGAUAUGCAAAAUGGAUACUCAUCUGGGGAUAACUUCCAAGAUUUAACAGAGUCAUUUGCGGUUGGUAAACAGAUGCGUAGGGAGUUGAAUAUGACUGCCAAGCAUCCCGUGGUAAUGGUACCUGGUGUUAUUUCAACUGGUAUUGAAUCAUGGGGGGUCGAAGGUGAUUCUGAAUGCGAAAGUGCUCCCCAUUUUCGUAAAAGAUUGUGGGGUUCGUUUUAUAUGUUGAGAACAAUGGUUCUCGAUAAGAUGUGCUGGCUUAGACACAUUAUGUUAGACCCCAUAACUGGAUUGGAUCCGCCUUAUUUUCGUUUACGAGCGGCUCAAGGGUUCGAAGCAGCAGACUUCUUUAUGGCAGGAUAUUGGAUUUGGAAUAAAAUUUUACAAAAUUUGGGGGCUAUUGGUUACGAUCCUGAUACGAUGACAACAGCUGCGUACGAUUGGAGACUUGCGUAUUUGGAUCUAGAACGUCGUGAUAGAUUCUUCACCAAAUUGAAGCAACAGAUUGAACUAAUACACGAACUCAGUGGUGAGAAAGUGUGUCUUGUUGGUCAUUCUAUGGGUUCACAAAUUGUGUUUUAUUUCUUGAAAUGGGCUGAGGCUAAAGGUAAGUAUUAUGGUAACGGUGGUGAAGGAUGGGCCGAUAAGCAUGUUCAUUCGUUCGUCAAUGUGGCUGGUACUAUGUUAGGAGCACCAAAGGCGGUACCGGCUCUUAUUAGUGGUGAAAUGAAAGACACCAUUCAGUUAAAUGCAUUAGCUAUGUAUGGAUUGGAAAAGUUUUUUAGCCGUAAAGAGCGUUUAGAAAUGCUUCAAACUUGGGGUGGUAUACCUUCGAUGUUACCUAAGGGCGGUGACUUAAUUUGGGGAACUUUAAAUUCUUCUGUGGAAGACUCAUGGAAUAACAAUACUGAGUCAUUGGGUAGUUUCAUUAAAUUUGAAAAAUUACAAGAAAAUGCACGUUUUACCAAAAAUUUUACUGUAGAAGAUUCUAUCGAUACUAUAAUGCAAUUGUCCCCAUGGUGGCUGCAAGACCGUAUUAAUGAUCAAUACACUUUUGGGUAUGCUAAGACAGAAAAGGAAUUGAAAGACAACGAAAAGCACCACUCUCACUGGUCAAAUCCUUUAGAAGUUCCAUUACCCAAUGCACCUGAUAUGAAAGUCUAUUGCAUCUAUGGUAUCCAUAAUCCAACUGAAAGGGCUUACGUGUACAAGGAGCAGCCCACCAACUCAACAUUAAACCUUACAAUUGAUUAUGAUAGCUCAAAUCCGGUCUACUUCACUGAAGGUGACGGUACCGUUCCAUUAAUCACACAUUCGAUGUGUCAUAAAUGGGCACAAGGAAAAUCUCCUUACAAUCCAGGAGGUUCAGACGUUACCAUUGUGGAAAUUAAACAUCAACCUGAAAGAUUUGACAUGAGAGGAGGUGCUAAAAGUGCAGAACAUGUUGAUAUCCUUGGCAGUGCAGAAUUGAACGAAUAUAUUUUACGUAUUGCAAGUGGACACGGUGAUACUAUACAACCACGAUUGUUGUCGAAUCUUUCCCAUUGGGUUGAACAGAUUCCUUUCCCCAUGUAA